AUCUCAACCCGACAUCGUUUCGUGACUAAUCUGUGAAACAAAGAGGGGAAGUAGGGUUUCGCGUGACAUUUGGGAACUUUCUCUAAUUUGCUUCGGGCGACUGCGACUGCGACUGUGACCACUGUUUCUGAUUCCGCCGUUUGUUGUCUCUCUCUCUGAGUCUCCUCCGGGAUCCCUAAGAUGGCCUCCUCUGCCCCUGUCACCCUGACUGCGAACGAGCAAUGAAGGCGCAAAAAGAUUACGAUGCGUCUCAAUCUGCGGCUUUGGUAGCAGCGGAACUGAUAAGCUGUGCACGGCUUAAAGUUAAACUCGACACUGAGUUAACUCGCUACUCAGCUCAGUUCUUGGUGGAUAACGCUUGUCCCAAGAAGGAAGACGGGCAACGCUCUGUGCUCACUGUGAAAGAUGCCCUUGCUUUUGCUUUGAAAGAAGGGAUUCCAAAAGAAGGUCUUUGGCCACGUUUGGGGUGUUUGGUUCCGCCUCCACCAUCAUCUGCUUCUCUCAUACCUCGCGUUUCCUUGAAAGGAAUAGUGGCUGAAGGUAAUGAUUUGCUUGGACUAGUUAAUCUGUUGUUGCAAGGUCAACCUGUGGGAGGAAAAAUGCAUGUGUGGAGUCCGGAGAUUGAUUCUUAUGUCAAUGAAACUGCCCCGCCAGGUUAUGAAUCACGGUAUGUUGGGCUUAGAGAUGUGAUUAUAGUUGCAGUGGAGAUGGUCGAGGAAGAGAUUCUUGCAACUGUGAAGAUAUGGUACAAGAAGAAGACUGCACUUAUCAAAGUGUCUUUCAGCCAAAUGCUUACGUUUCCACAAUGCAUUGGUGACACCAUUCACGUGAUAGGGCCAACAAAACUGCUUGUUGACUUCUGUGUCCCGUUCUUAUCCAUCAAGUAAGCAAGAGCGUAGAUCUUUGGUAAGUGUGUCUAGAGCACUAUAUGCUAGCUGUGGAACUUGUUUGUUGGACCUUAAAUAAGAAUGUGUUUUGAGACUAUUUUUAUGUAAGUUAAUAAGUCAGGUAUCUUGGAAAACCGUAUCCUAGUUGUGGAACUUGUUUGGUUUGAAAUUAUGACUGUUUUAAGACACUUUGAUCUUUAAGUUAACAAGUGUUUGAACUU